CCCGCGGUAGAAACAGCGCCUCCUCCACCGUACUGCAGCCUGCAUCUGCGGCCGGUCACUGCGCACGCGCAAUGAGAUGGAUGGCCGCUGCACCUGACGGCCCACCAGGAAGUGUGGCGGACAAAUCCUCGGCCUUUAAUCCCCGCUGAGCACGGCACCUGGAGGAGCCUCCGACGGGAGAAUGCUCAGCGAGCCGGAGCGCGCAGUCUGACCGUCUGGACCGUCUCCGCUCCGGGACCUCCCCUCACCCCCUCUCCCCACCGAGCCCCAGACCCGCCGCCGCUGAGCGGAGGCUCCGUGAAGCGCCGUGAAGCUCCGUGAGGCUCCGUGAAGCUCCGGGCACGUCCACCCUGACUGCAAUGGGAUGCUGCGGUAGCUCGGAGAGGACAAAGAGAGAAUGGAGACCGCUGGAGGACCGCAGCUGCACAGACCUGCCCUGGUUCCUGCUCUUCACCGUCUUCUGCGUCGGCAUGGGCAGCAUCUGCGGCUUCACCAUCGUCACCGGCGGCGCCGCUCGCCUCGUUUUCGGAUAUGACAGCUACGGCAACACCUGCGGCCAACGCAACGAGCUGAUCGAAGGCGUGCGGCUGAGCGGCCUCGACCACACCGACAGGAAGUUCGUCUUCUUCCUGGAUCCCUGCAACAUCGACAUUGUUCAGAGGAAAAUCAAGUCCGUGGCUCUGUGUGUGUCCCUGUGUCCCGCGGAGGAGCUGAAGACCUACCAGGACCUGAAGAGAUUCGGCAUGGUCAACGGAUCGGAGUUGUGUUCUUACGAGUUAGCCGCUCACAAAUAUCCCAGUCUCCCGGAGAGGAUCGAUAAAUGUCCUAAGCUUCCUGUUCCACCCAGUAAGCCUCUGCCGGUGUUUAACCGCUGCACCCCGGUGGACGUCUCAUGUUACGCCAAGUUUGCGGAGGCCGUGGUGACGUUUGUGGGGGACAGCAGCGUCCUGCAUCGCCUGAUCGCCGGCGUCGCCGCCAGUAAAGAGAUCAUUAUCGGACUGUGUGUUCUCGCUCUGGCUCUCUCCAUGAUCCUCAUGGUGAUCAUCCGGUACAUCUCGGCUGUCCUCGUCUGGAUCCUCACAUCGCUGGUCGUCCUUGGAUCCCUAGCGGGGACUGGAGUUCUCUGGUGGCUCUACAUUGACCACCGGCUGUACGGCAACGACACGUCCCCCAAACUACCGAAGGAGGCGAAGGAGGAGAUGAAGGCGGAGCUUAGCGCUGACAGCGGGCAGGCACUGCUGGUGUACGCCGUGUCCGCCACCGUCUUUACCAUCAUCCUGCUGCUGCUGAUGCUGUUCAUGAGGAAGCGGGUGGCGCUCACCAUCGCUCUGUUCCACGUGGCAGGAAAGGUCUUCAUCCACCUCCCCCUCCUCACCCUGCAGCCCUUCGUCACCUUCCUGGCUCUGCUACUCUUCUGGAUCUACUGGAUCCUGGUCCUGCUCUUCCUGGGAACAAGUGGGAACCCGGAGCAGAACGAGGAGACAGGCCUGACAGAGUUCAGGCUGACGGGUCCUCUGCAGUACCUGACCUGGUACCAUGCCGUGGGUCUGGUCUGGAUCAGUGAAUUCAUCCUGGCCUGCCAGCAGAUGACUGUAGCUGGAGCUGUGGUUACAUAUUACUUUACCAGAGACAAGAACCGGCUCCCGGUGACACCGAUCCUGUCGUCGGUGCUGAGGCUGGUCCGGUACCACCUUGGCACAGUGGCUAAGGGAUCGUUUAUCAUCACGCUGGUGAAGAUUCCCAGACUCAUUCUCAUGUACAUCCACAACCAGCUCAAAGGACGGGAGAACGUGUGCGCCCGCCUCCUGCUGAAGACGUGCAUCUGCUGUCUGUGGUGUUUGGAGAAGUGCCUCAACUAUCUCAAUCAGAAUGCAUAUGCAGCCACAGCCAUCAACAGCACCAGUUUCUGCACGUCUGCACGUGACGCCUUCGUCAUCCUUGUGGAAAACGCUCUGCGCGUCGCCACAAUCAACGCCAUCGGAGACUUUGUGCUCUUCCUGGCCAAGAUCCUGAUCAUGACGUCGACGGCCUUCGCUGGCGUCCUCCUCCUGAACUACCAGCGGGAUUACACCGAGUGGCUGCUGCCGCUCAUCAUCGUGUGUCUCUUCUCCUUCCUGGUGGCUCACUGCUUCCUGUCCAUCUUUGAGAUCGUGGUGGACGUCCUUUUCCUGUGCUUUGCCAUUGAUACCAAGUAUAACGACGGCACGCCGGGGAAGGAGUUCUUCAUGGACAAAGCUUUGAUGGAGUUUGUGGAGAGCAGCAGGCGGCUGGGGCGAGCAGCGGAGCGUGGGCGGAGCCGGGUGAAGGAGGCGGUGUCAGAGGGGGCAGAGAUGAAGCCCAUGGUGAGUGAAUGCGGUGGUGAAGGGGGUGUGACCAGGCGGAAAAGCUCAUCAGAGAUCGCAGGGUUGAGGGCGAGGCCACACCUGGUUGAGGGUGAAGAGUGGGAGGAGCUUCAGGAGUUCCAGGUGUACUACCUGCUUGUGGGGGUGCUGGUGGACUGGAUGCUGACGGAGCAGAGCGACUUCGUACUCUGUCUGAGUGAAGACGUCGUCCUCUUCCUUUGUAUCUACCUGCCCACCUCUACCCUCUUCCUGUUUGUCAGCCUGCUGCACACGCCGAGCUCCGCCCCCUCAGCCACUAAAUCAGCCGCCGUCUGCACUGCGUGCUAACACACCCAUGCUAACUGCUGCAUGCUGCCUGGAUGAACACGGUGCUUCACUGUCAUCAUCUUCAUCAUGGUUCCCCUGGAACUAAACUCAGUGACUUUGUCUUUUUAAGAGACUCAUUUUUCUAUUUUUGUACUUUUUUAUAGAUAUUAUUUUUAUAAAGUGAUGAAAGUUGCAGCUGAGUGUGUGUGUCUUUGUGUUUACCCUCCAUUUAUUCAUUCAUCGUCAGCCUUUCACUGGAGGAGGACUCCGCAGACCGCAGGCAUCUUCAUCCCCAAAUUCAGGUUCAAACAGCUAUCAGAAUCUGUGGAGCCACCGCUCAGAAAAUCUAUACGAAUAUUUAUUCAUAUUACAAAAGUUUAAUCUCAAAAAAAGCCUGGACCUAAAACCUUUUUGUGAGCUCUUCAUAAAAAUGUUUGGGUUUGUCUGCUGACUCCUCGCUCCUCAACAAGAAACCAUCCAGACUCCACUCAUGUCCACAUAGUUAAAGAGGCUGCAGGAUUUUAGAAGAAGUAGUAUAAAUACACAUCUAUUUUUAAUGGUAAAUAGAUAUUAUUCCUCCUAAAACGCCUUAAAAAUAUCAGAGUAGACAUUUCACUUCUCAAAUGAGAUGCUGUAAAUGGAUUUUGUAGUCAAGUUUUUCAUUUCAGUUGCAGAACAUUUUUAGCAAAUAAAUACCUAAGAUGAAAUUAAAAAAGUAAAAACAGUAUUAUUACCUGUAUUGUUUAUGCUGAAGUGUUGCCUCCAGGGUGCAGCCUUAUCAAUGUUCUUCCAUGAUCUCUGGGUGGGGCUUGUUUUGGAGUUUAGCUAAUAUUUUAGCAACAUGCUAACGAUUUUGGAUAAUUUGUUAUCUACUAAGGUUUUUAAAGGCUAAUUUAGAGUUCAGCUUCUAUUUAAGCAACAGGCUAAGUUUUUUUUUUACUAAUUUAGUUCACAAAAGAAUUUUACUCUAAUUUGUAGCUAGUAUUUAAGCAAUGUGCUAGCUUUUAGGGCUAAU